AUGCCUCGUCGCGCUGCAUCCCCCACUCCCUCCGAUGGAGAGGUCGACAUCGCCGAUCACCUGUUCGACGCCAGCGACAAUGGCAGCGACGCCGGGCAGGAUGUGGGAGGCAUUGACUUCGACAUGGACGGGAUCCUGAACGGCCACGAAGAGGGGCAAGAGGACGAGGAUGGCGACGAAGCGUUCAUUGCGCUGAAGCAGGCUGCUUCGUUUCGCAAGUCGUCCAACCUCAAGGGAAAGUCGGUAAAGAGAGGAGGUGGUUUCCAGGCCAUGGGUCUAAAUGCCGGCCUCCUGCGCGCGAUUACGAAGAAAGGAUUCUCUGUUCCCACACCGAUUCAGCGAAAGACGAUUCCCCUGAUCUUGGACCGCAAGGAUGUCGUGGGCAUGGCGAGAACCGGUUCAGGAAAGACUGCGGCCUUUGUGAUUCCCAUGAUUGAGCGCCUGCGCGCUCACAGCGCAAAGGUCGGCACGCGAGCGCUCAUCAUGUCGCCAUCUCGUGAGCUCGCGCUCCAGACCCUCAAGGUCGUGAAGGAGUUCAGCAAGGGGACGGAUCUGAAGUGCAUCCUUCUCGUGGGUGGUGACAGCAUGGAGGACCAGUUCAGCAUGAUGUCCUCGAACCCGGAUAUCGUCAUUGCCACGCCUGGUCGUUUCCUCCAUCUCAAGGUUGAAAUGGGUCUGGACUUGUCGUCCAUCAAAUACGUCGUGUUCGACGAGGCUGAUCGUCUAUUCGAAAUGGGUUUCGCUGCCCAGCUUACCGAAAUUCUCCACGCCCUCCCCUUAUCGAGGCAGAGUCUGCUGUUCUCUGCCACACUGCCGGCCUCCUUGGUCGAAUUUGCGAGGGCCGGACUCCAGGAUCCGAGCCUUGUGAGAUUGGAUGCCGAGACCAAGGUUUCCCCCGAUCUCGAGAGUGCCUUCUUCUCCGUUAAAGGGGCCGAGAAGGAAGCUUCCCUGCUUCAUAUUCUCAACGACCUGAUCAAGAUGCCACAAGGAACUCCCGAUGGCGUUCCCCUAGAUGUUGCACCGUCGAAAAAGCGAAAGCGCGAGGGUGGCGGCACCGGUAAACCGACAGAACACUCGACUAUUAUCUUCGCGGCUACAAAGCAUCACGUGGAGUAUUUGGCGCAGCUGCUCACAAAGGCCGGCUAUGCAGUAUCCCACGUCUAUGGUUCACUGGACCAAGAAGCCCGUCGUAUCAACACUGAAAACUUUCGAAAUGGUAGAGCAAACAUCUUGGUGGUGACGGACGUCGCUGCCAGAGGUAUCGAUAUCCCAGUUCUGGCGAACGUCAUCAACUACGAUUUCCCUCCGCAACCCAAGGUCUUUGUCCAUCGUGUUGGACGUACGGCUCGUGCUGGUCAAAGGGGUUGGGCAUACAGUAUCGUGCGCGAACUCGACACACCUUAUCUGCUGGAUCUCCAGCUGUUCCUUGGCCGGCGGCUAGUAGCAGGUCACGAUACCGAGAACCCAUCCUACGCCGAAGACGUUGUCGUUGGUGGAUUGAAGAGAGAUAGGAUUGAAAUCAACAUGGAAUGGAUGGACAAGAUCCUGAAGGAGGAGUCCGACCUCGAGGCGCUGCGCAGAGUCUCGACGAAAGCUGAGAAGCUGUACCUAAAGACCAGGCAUUCAGCUUCAAGCCAGAGCGCGAAACGAGCCCGCGAGCUUGUGGGAACCAAGGGCUGGCACGAGCUGCAUCCUCUAUUUGGCAAAGACGCCAGUGUCGUGGAGCAGGCGCGCAACGAGAUGAUGGCCAAGAUUAGUGGCUUCAGACCGGCCGAGACCAUUUUCGAGAUCGGGAAGGGGGGCAAGGGAUCAAGUAGUGAAGCAGUUGAGGUUAUGAAGCAGCUGAGGAAACGCAUCACACCACACCGCGGCAACAAGAAGGAGGAGCUAGACUCGGACGACGACAUGGAGGGCCCGGAUGGUGCCGAGAAUGACUCGGAUGACGGACUCGACGGUGAAGCAGAGGAGGGUGCCGCAGAAGCCUACAACUCGGACGAUUCCGACGAUAAUGACGGUCUCGAAGUCACAGUUACCAACACAGGCGAGAAGGAGAAGAAGAAGACGGAUUCCUGGCGCGACUCGGACGUCUUCAUGUCAUACACGCCCAGGACGAUUAACGCAGCAGAGGAGCGCGGGUACGGAGUCACGUCGGGCGCGCAGACGUCGAGUUUCGUGCAGGCGGCGCGCGACGUGCAGAUGGACCUCACAAACGACGAGACCGCCAAGGGUUUCGGCGAGCCGACCAAGGCGGUGGGCAUGCGCUGGGACAAGAAGCAGAACAAGUACGUGGCGCGGGCCAACGAUGAGGACGGCUCCAAGGGGUCCAAGUACGUGCGCGGCGAGAGCGGCGUCAAGAUCGCGGCCAGCUUCCAGAGCGGGCGGUUCGACAGAUGGCGCAAGGCCAACAGGCUGGGCCGGAUCCAGGUGGGCGGCAUGGAGAAGGGCAACGUGCCGGAUUUGCCGUCGGGCCGGCAGUACAAGCACAAGCAGGAGAAGGCGCCCAAGCAGGCCGACAAGUUCCGGGACGACUACGAGGUGCGAAAAAAGAGGAUCGCCGAGGCCAAGGAGAAGCGUAUCGGCCAGUUCAAGGACGGCGCGGGCAGUCGCAAGGAAAUCAAGGGCGUCGAGGAUAUCCGGAAGGCGAGAUGGGAGAAGCAGAAGCGCAUGGAGAAGAAUGCGAGACCGCAGCGCAACCGGAAGUAG